AUGAGUACUUUGGAAGAGGUAGCAUAUGAAAAGCUGAUAGAAGAAUUAAAAAACAAAUAUCCAUUUUUUAAAAAAUAUAAUAAUGAUUUUUUUUAUAAUGAAAACAAAAAUGAUAAAUUAAUAAAAAAGUGUUUUGAUAUAUAUAAGACAAAUUCUGAAGAUGGUGAUGGAAAUGAAGAUGAAGAUGGAGAUAAAGAUGAAGAUAAAGAUAAAGAUAAAGAUGAAGAUGAUGAAAUAAAAAAAUAUACUAACUUAUUAGUAGAAGAAAUGGAUAAAUCGUUUUAUAUGUUAGAAAAAAAUAAUACGAUAAAUUCUUUAUGUAACACCUUUUUAAAGAGUUACAAAUAUAAUACAAAUAAUUACUACGAUUAUAUUAAUAAAAAUUAUAUGAGUUCGGAUCAUUUUCAAAAAAAUAUGGAAAAUUAUAUACAUAGAAAAUCGAACAAAUUGUUUAACCAAGAUUCUAAAAAUUUACAAAAAAAUUUACAAAAAAAUUUGCAAAAAAAUUUACAAAAAAAUUUACAAAAAAAUUUGCAAAAAAAUGUUCACACAGUUCAAAAUAAAGAAGAAAAAAAUACAGAGCCCACACAAAAGUGCAUAAAAAAAAGAACUAUGGAAGUAGAAAAAGAAAAUAAAAUAAAGAAAAAAAAAAAAAAUAACGAUACAGAAAUUAUUUAUCUUAAAGAUAUUCAUAAUAUUGAAAAAAAUUCUGGCGAACAAAAUGAAAUGCUUUAUUUUAUUCAGCACAGAAUAAAAAAUAAUAUAAAUAUAGGUUUUUGUGAUAUUUCUUAUAUCCCAUUUAUUAAAACAUGUUUUUAUAUAAAUUAUGGGUGUGCUAAUGUAAAUAUUUUAAAUAAAAAAUUGCACACCGUUUUUAUGAUUGAUAAUUGUAUAAAAAAAAAUAAUACCAGCAGCGGCGACAAUAAUAAAAACGAUAAAAACGAAAAUAAUAACGAUAAAAACAAUAAAAAUAGUAAUAAACAUAAAAACGAUAGUAAUAACGAUAAACAUGCGCAAAAAUAUAAAAGAAUUAUAGCAUUUGGAAGCUUAGGAAAAAAAUUAUUUUUAAAAAAUAUAAAACCCCAUUCAAUUGUAAAGGGAUGGAUAUAUAAAUAUGAUGUUACAUGUAAAUGUUUUUUUAUAAAAAUUUUUUCAAUUAAAAAUGAAAAUAAUAUAGACGAUAAAUGCGCAAAUAAUUUAUCUCAAAAUGGUGUAAAAAGUUAUCGGAAAAAAAAAGAUACCAAUAAUGAUGCACACAAACAUGACGAAACAAAUAAUGAUGAUACACACAAACAUGACGAAACAAAUAAUGAUGAUACAUACCCAAAUGACGAAGCAAAUAAUGAUAUACAUACUAACAGUUCGCAAAUACAAUAUUUAAUGGAAUCCAAAUUUAAAAACGAAAAAAGAGAAAUUAUUGCAUGCCUUCCUUUUAAAUUUAUUAAUAACUUUGAGUUUGUAAAUAAUUUAGAUAUUCAAGGUUUAAAAAUAGAUCAGAAUUUUAAACAUUUUCUAGGUAUGAAUAUAUGUGCACAUAUUUAUAAUAAUCAAAAAUAUAUAGAGACAAACUUUGAUAAUAUAUUAAAUAAAUAUGAUUUUGAUUUUUUUAUUACAUUUAAUUGUGAUAAUUAUAUACAUAGUGAUAAAAUCGGAUUUAUAAUUAAAGAAUUACCUUGUGAUGUUUUGAAAAAUCAAAAUAUAAUUAGUGAUAACUCAAAAGGGUGUACUAAAUUUUUAUUAAGCAUUUUUAAUUUUUUACUUUUUUCCAGUAACCAAUUUUUAAAUGCUGAAAAUAUUAUAUAUAAAGAAAAAUAUUUUUUAUUAAAUUUAUCACAUAUACCAUCAUUAAUACAUUUUAAUUUUAGAAACAACUUAUUUAAAAUAAAUAUUGGAUAUACUAUAACUCAAAAACAGAAUCUAUUUUGGUCUAAUACCACUUUUAUCGAAGCAUUUGAAAUAUAUAAAAAUAAUAGUGAGUAUUAUAAAUUUUUAAAAAAUUAUUUUUAUUUAGAUUAUAAUAAAACGAAUUUUACUUGUAUUUAUGAAUAUCGAAAAAAUAAAUUCACAACUGAGUCAAACAAGCAUGUUGCCAGAAAAAUCGACACACCGAGAGAAAUGCACGAAAAAAAUGGCGAAAAAAAAGACGAAAAAAAUGGCGAAAAAAAUGGCGAAAAAAAAAAUGAGGGCCAAAAUGAGGGCCAAAAUGAGGGCCAAAAUGAGGGCCAAAAUGAGGGCCAAAAUGAGGGCCAAAAUGAGGGCCAAAAUGACGGCCAGAAUAGCGUGGCACGGCUUAACGCUGAACAAUCGAUAAUUUCCAAAGUCAAAUUUUUAAACCCCAAUUUAUAUAAAACGAAAUGGAUAUACGAUUUCUUGGAAUGCAUAAAAUUGAGUAUUAACUUAAAUAAUAAUAAUAUUUUAGCAAAUUUUUUGCUUAGCUUAGUGCUUUUUGAAUUAAGCUGUUAUUCAGAGUCUUUCCUUUUUCUUUUUCGAAUUUUUAAAAUAAAAAAAAUAUUUAUAGAUAGUUAUAAAUUAAAAAAUAUUAUAUGUACAAUUUUUAUUAACCAAUUAAAUAAACCUGUUAAUAAAGAUAUAUUAUGGAAUAACAUUAUUAAUUUCAAACAAUAUGAUUUAUUUAAUAUGAAAGAAGAUAGUUCUGAAAAAUAUUGCAAGAAUGUAUUUAAACGAAAUAAAAACAUAAUAAAUAUUCUCAAUAAUAUUAAGCUAAAAUAA